CGAAGAGGACACGCGUGUAGUUCCUGUCGCGGUGUCUCUCCAGUGUGUUGCUGCACCGCAGGAUUCACAUAUUUCAGCAAUGUCUAUCGAAAUAGAAUCAGCCGAGUAAGUCAACUAAAUGUUGUAAUUGAAAACGUCAUAUUCACUCUGUGAUCCGUCUGAUCAUGCAGUACCUGAAGGAAAACAACUUGCAUCGGACUUUAGCAACACUCCAGGAGGAGACGACCGUGUCCCUCAACACAGUGGACAGUAUUGAGAGUUUUGUGGCUGAUAUCAACAGCGGUCACUGGGACACUGUACUGCAGGCUAUACAGUCCCUCAAACUCCCAGACAAGACCCUCAUUGAUCUUUAUGAACAGGUUGUUCUUGAGCUGAUAGAGCUGAGAGAAUUAGGAGCUGCCAGAUCUUUGUUGAGGCAGACGGACCCCAUGAUCAUGCUGAAACAAACUCAACCUGAGCGAUACAUCCACCUGGAGAAUCUCCUGGCUCGCUCAUACUUUGAUCCCAGAGAGGCCUACCCUGAUGGCAGCAGUAAGGAGAAGCGUAGAGCAGCUAUUGCUCAGGCUCUUGCUGGUGAGGUCAGCGUGGUGCCACCCUCACGUCUCAUGGCUCUGCUUGGACAGUCUCUAAAGUGGCAGCAGCAUCAGGGUCUUCUGCCUCCUGGUAUGACCAUUGAUUUGUACAGAGGUAAAGCAGCUGUGAAGGAUGUAGAGGAAGAACGAUUUCCCACACAGCUGAACAGACACAUCAAGUUUGGUCAGAAGUCUCACGUUGAAUGCGCACGUUUCUCUCCUGACGGUCAGUACCUGGUCACUGGUUCUGUGGAUGGAUUUAUUGAAGUUUGGAACUUCACCACUGGAAAAAUCAGAAAGGAUCUGAAGUAUCAGGCUCAGGAUAACUUCAUGAUGAUGGAUGAUGCCGUGCUGUGCAUGUCUUUCAGUCGAGACACUGAGAUGUUGGCCACAGGAGCUCAGGACGGCAAAGUUAAGGUGUGGAAGAUCCAGAGCGGUCAGUGUCUGCGGCGGUUUGAGCGUGCUCACAGUAAGGGUGUCACCUGUCUCAGCUUCAGUAAAGACAGCACUCAGAUUCUCUCUGCAUCAUUCGACCAGACCAUCAGGAUUCAUGGGCUGAAAUCAGGCAAGUGUUUGAAGGAGUUCAGAGGUCAUUCUUCAUUUGUGAACGAAGCCACACUUACUCCUGAUGGCCAUCAUGUCAUUAGUGCCUCUUCCGACGGAACUGUGAAGAUCUGGAAUUUGAAGACCACAGAAUGCACCAGCACAUUCAAGUCUCUGGGCACCUCUGCUGGCACAGACAUCACAGUCAACAAUGUGAUCCUGCUCCCCAAAAACCCUGAACAUUUUGUCGUGUGUAACCGAUCUAACACUGUGGUAAUCAUGAACAUGCAGGGGCAGAUUGUGAGGAGUUUCAGCUCUGGUAAGAGAGAGGGAGGUGAUUUUGUGUGUUGUACUCUGUCUCCGCGUGGAGAGUGGAUCUACUGCGUCGGAGAAGAUUUCGUGCUUUACUGUUUCAGCACAGUCACUGGCAAACUAGAGAGAACCUUGACCGUAAGACCUCUCUUCCUCUGUCUCUCCCUUCAUUCUUUGUGUUCCCUUUUGAAUCGACAGCUUUGGACAAUGUCAUGUCAUGUUGACAUACAAAUACAGGGUUCCCACGGUCAUGGAAAACCUGAAAAUUGUAUUUUCAGGCCUGGAAAUGUCACUAAAAUUUUCAAGUCAUAGUGAUGUUCAUUUUGUGAGAAAUUGUUCUUUUGGUACGAUUCUUUUCAAUUAAUUGCUUAACUGUUAUCAGUCUGAAUCAACAGUUUCUAACCAUUUUUAUUAAGCACAAACAACUGGAAAGGUUAUGGAAAAGUCAUGGAAAUUAAUUGGUUAAAAAGAAUGGAAACCCUGACAAUCAUUUGACCCAUAUUCUUUGGGGGGAAUUUCAUGGUAUUUUAAUUACAAGAUUUUGAUGAUCCAUUUGUCCUCUCACAGGUGCAUGAGAAGGAUGUAAUCGGUAUCGCCCACCACCCACACCAGAAUAUGAUUGCCACAUACAGUGAGGAUGGACUUCUCAAACUCUGGAAGCCAUAAACAGUCAUAUGACCUCUACAUGGGAUUUCUGAUUGGUUGGGGCUGGCAGGAGAGUACGAUUACAAUGUUGCCUACUUUUUUGUACAUACCCGUUUUUUUUUAAGUGCAGUGGAUGAUUUUUACAAUUUUUCUACAGUAAAAUUUGGCAAAUGGACAAUCUUUGUGAAGCAUCUGUAAUGUAUGGUAACAAGUUUUAUUCUUUAGGUCCAACAUUAAAAGUCAUUUUUUUCAUUCCAUUUAAAACAUUUGACCACAAGUCAUCUGUUGCAUGUUGAGGAAUGGUGAUUAGGAAAUGUUUCAUUGACACUUCUCAGCUUAGUGUUCACACAGUGCUGUGGUUUUUAUUAAUAUUGUUGCAAAUUCUGUAAUUUAUUCACCCUCAUGCCAUCCCAGGUGUAUGAGUUUCUUCCUUCUGCUUA